UAUUUAUUGCUGGUCAUGCACACACACAGAAAUCACCAUUGAGAACAAACAAUGUCCCGCAGAAACACUUCAUGAGCACAAAUCCACAGCAUGAGCCCGCUGUUAUUGCACUGGAAGGCAGACUAAUAGCUCCUCUGUCCUCAGCUGAACUGUGGAGGCGACCAAAGGAAGAGGUUUACACAGGAAAGGAAUUAUAAUUACACCUUCAUUCAUUAAAUGCUCUGCUCCGCACACGCCCACUUUGGAGAACAUCAACAGAUCUUAACGUUGUUUUAACUGGUAUUGUCCUCACCUCACCUCUGCUGGCCUACCAGAUACAUUUGAAUAGGGGUAUACUCAAGGUUGAGUUUGCUAUUUUAAGUCCACAAUGAAGCCAGUUCGCAAAUUAAAACAUUUUAUAAUGCUUCAAGUAAGUUUUGUCGAUGCAAUGCUGUCUGCCAGUCCGUCCAGUCUUUGGGGAAUUUGUUCUUCUUGAGAUUUCUGUAAAUCCAUGCAAAGUGGUUGUAUUGACAUAAAUAAUCCUGUUUACAAACACAUGCUUUGUAGAAUGUGGAGCAUGUAUAGGCUGCUGUAAGGUUUAGGUACACGGCUGAAAGUUGGUUAAGAAUGGAAGUGUUUGUGUGGCAGCAGUCACACUCGUCACAUGUUUAGACAGGAAACACUCCAUAACAAUGUGUUAAAUACAAGGUUAUAAAUAUGUGUUUGCAAUAGUGUAUUUAUAAUAAACUGUUGAGGUGUUAUUGAUGUAUUACUUUCAAUACACAGUUAUUCAAACCUUAACCUAGUACUACCAGUUGAAUAAGCAUUAAGAAGAGCUACAUGGAUGACCCAUACACUAAAAUGAUUACAGUGUUACAGGAACAUCAACAUGUUAUCCUUAAAUGUGUUUUUAACAGUUUUCCUCUAAAUGCAUGCAGUUAGAUUUCAUUACAUUCUAGUGUGUUUGCCCCUAAACUAUCGAAGGUUAUGAACUAUAAACUGAGGAGUAUAAGUAUAAAUAGGUAUUCAUUUGAAAUUAUUUCACUUUAUAUUAUUUUGUUAAACCUGUGCAAUUGCUAAUUCCUCAGUUUGUAAGAUGAAUUAUAGUUGUAAAAGAGUUUGACAAAACAUAAUAAUGUGCAGGAUAUUGGUAAUACCUUCCAAUGUUUGCUAAGCAUAUCUUCUUAUAUUUAGUCUGGAAUAGAAAGUACAUAUAACAACAUGUAUCAAUUUUUGUGUCCAAUAGAAGGGAUCAAAUGUAGACAGAAUAUUUGUGCAUGGCUGGUUAAAUGCACAAACCUCUGAAACGGAUUUUGUUGUAGCAAUAAUAAAAAAUACUUCGUAGCAGUUAGAAAUGUUUGACUUAUUGGAUGUUAAUGCAGUAUCACUAUUGAAAUCCCGUGUACUUUUAGGAUUCUUGUUUUGAAGUUUGUAUCUUGAUGGUUGAAUGCACUUUGCUUUGGAUAAUCCGUUUAAUAAUUCAUACUUAAAAAUGUAAAGAAGACUGAAUGUAUAGGCCUAUUCUUUUUAAUCGAUAUGGUUGAAAACAGGAGUAAUGUUUUUGAGGCUUUUAUUAAACGGGAAAAUAAUAUAAUGACAAAAUAGUUCAUAUUCAAACUAAAGUUAAGCGUCAUUUACACAACAAUUACUCAAAUCAUAAAACACAAGCUGUCUUUCUUUCGUGUGCUUACUCCCAGAAUCACGGUUGGAUUUAAACAUCCUCAGUUUUAAUUCGUGCAAUCGUCAAAUAAUAGCCUGUGUAUGUUUUAUAACAGUUUGCCUGUGAGUCUCUUAUCUCCUUGCGUCUUUCCGCACAAUGGCGCUGGAGCGCGCAAAGGGUUAAAAGGGGGCUCCCAGCAAUCCUUUUAACAGGCAGGUGCCCCGCCAGCGCCAGCCCAAAGUGCACCACUGUAAAGCUUCUUCCAGCAUCUCAGGAGCAACUCAUAUCUGUCAUGAUGCGAGUCAUGUUAGCGGCGAUGGCUGCAGAUCGUUAGAAUAAAUAGAGCAUCUCCAAACCGGAUCAGCUGACACACGGCGUCCUGCCUCGCAGACUCACACACGUGUGAUGCGCUCUUGACUUCUGCCAUCGUUUUCACUAACUUUUAUAAUCAAAGACUUUUACUGCUGGAUCACAGAAACCUUUAACUAAAAACUGUUCCGCGCUGACGGAGCUGUGUCCCGCUCUGGAGAUGUGGUGGAUGCUGUUUCCACGCUGGAUCUGGUUCCUGGUGUGUGUGUCAGUGUGGUGUGUCAAUGUCGGAGUUCUGCCGCAUAUCACCUACUCACACCCGGGGAUCUGCCCCAAUGACAUGAACCCUAACCUGUGGGUGGAUGCCAUGAGCACCUGCACCCGAGAGUGUGUAUCUGAUCAGGAGUGUGAAUCCUUUGAAAAGUGUUGCCAGAAUGUUUGCGGGAACCGGAGUUGUGUGGCAGCCCGUUAUCUGGACGGGAAGAAAGGCCCCAUGGGAAUGCCAAAGGAGGCCUCCUGCGCCAGCUUCAUGUGCAACCAGCAGGGCUCUGAGUGCGACAUCUGGGACGGCCAGCCGGUGUGUAAGUGCCGGGACCGCUGCGAGAGGGAACCGCACUUCACCUGUGCCUCUGAUGGCAUGACCUACUACAACAAGUGCUACAUGGACGCAGAGGCUUGCUCCAAGGGCAUCAGCCUGGCUGUGGUCACCUGCCGCUUCCACCUCACCUGGCCCAACACCAGCCCCUCGCUGCCCCAGGCCACCACUCUGCGCCCAACCACUGCUCCUCUUCCGGUGACCCCCCCCACUCCCACCGAGCCUCAGCCUCCCAUGGUUGUCAGCAGCCCGGUUCACCAGACCGUCAAAGUGGGCGACACCGCCAGCUUCCUGUGUGACGUGACAGGCCGCCCCCGACCUGAGAUCAGCUGGGAGAAGCAGCUGCCGGAGGGGCUGGAGAGGGUGGCCAUGAGGCCCAAUCACGUGUGUGGGAACAUGGUGGUCACCAACAUCGGGCAGCUGGUCAUCCACAACACGCAGCCGCAGGAUUCAGGCGUCUACAUCUGCACCGCUCAGAACCCCUCUGGAUCUGUGAAGGUCAACAACCCGCUCUCUGUCCUGCCCACAGAGCCACCCAAGACCCCUGACCCAGGGAACGUGACCCACUGCCUGUCUGAAGAGUGUCUAAAACCGCCUGAUAACCCAGAGGAUUGUGGGAGCGAGAUGGAGAGAGUCAGCUGGUACUACGAGUCCAAGACCAACAACUGCUUCUCCUUCACCCACUGCCACGGCAGCAACAGCCCGCAGCCCAGGAAGAUGUUGGAGACGUACGAGGAGUGUAUGCAGUGCUGCGGCCCCGAGCUGGCCGGUCCCUGCGGCCUCCCCAGUCUGCAGGGCCCCUGCAAGGCCUACGAGCCGCGCUGGGCCUACAGCAGCACCCUACUGCAGUGCCAGUCCUUCAUCUACGGAGGCUGUGAGGGCAACAACAACAACUUUGAAUCCAAAGAAGCCUGCGAGGAGAUGUGCCCCUACCCGAAAAACCACCACUGCAAGGCCUGCAAGCCGCGGGGCAAGAUGGUGACGAGCUUCUGCCGCAGCGACUUUGUCAUCCUGGGCCGCAUGACAGAGCUGACGGAGGAGACGGACUCGGGCCACGCCCUCGUGACCGUGGAGGAGAUCCUAAAGGACGAGAAGAUGGGUCUCCGGUUCUUUGGCAAGGAGCCUCUGGAGGUCACCUUCCUCAACAUGGACUGGAACUGCCCCUGCCCCAACAUCACGGGCGCUGCCGCUGAGGGGCAGGUCAUCAUCAUGGGCAACGCCAACGACGGCAUGGCAGUGCUUCAGCCGGAGAGCUACGUGGGCGCUUCAAGCCCGCGACGUGUACGGAAGCUGAGGGAGGUCAUCUCCAAGAACACAUGUGACAUUCUUAAAGCGAUCACCAACAGCCCGCAGUAGGGUCAGGGUUAGGGACAUAAUGUUAGACUGCAACAUCCUGUUCUCUAUGGAACAUUCAUGCAGUGAUGUUUUUUAGGAGUUCCUCAUGUCCGAGAUCCUUGUCUCAUGUUCUGUGUCUUAUAUGUGUGUCUGCAGAGCUUUUGUUAUGUCAUUGGUUGAUUGAAUUACCAUGUACUGUAUGCAACACAAGAGACAUCCUUCAUGAUCCUCUCGCUGCCUUAAUCUCCCAGACUCAGAGGUCCUCCAUGCCCUCUCCUGCCUCCAGCAGAAAUGGACGUUGCAGACCUGCAUUGAAGCAAAAAACAGACCAGUUGAGUUUGAUCUUAUGGACAUGAUUUAGGUGUCACAAAUCUUUUGAUUCUUUCAUUUGCUAACAGUAUUUCCACUUUCUUCACACAUGUACCCAUUAUUUCUUACUUUUUGAAUGUUGGUGUAAAUGCAUCCAUAAACCUGUCCAGGGGUUUGCACAAGCAGUGAAACAGGGUCGAUUUGGAUCAUCCAAAGUUGUAAUAUAUUUGAUUAACCAUUUUACCACAUUUUCUGACGGUGAGUCAUUUAUUUUUUUAUCUUGCUUUAACUUCUUGGAUA